AUGACUAGCCUCUCAGACUUUAGCCUACUCUCAUUCGAUGUCUACGGCACCCUAAUCGACUGGGAAACAGGCGUUCUCGACGCCCUCAAACCCUUGAUAGGAGCCCGCAAAGACGAGUUCUAUAGGGAUCAGCUCUUGAAAGUUUAUGCUGAGGCCGAAGCCGCUCAGCAAAAUGCCACUCCCGAUAUGGAAUACUCUGAACUUCUAGCAACCAUCCACCCCAAGGUUGCAGAGAAACUCUUCCUUCCUGAACCAACUGCAGAACAAAACGAGGCAUUUGGCAACUCUGUUGGCUUGUGGCCCGCGUUUCCCGACACUGUCGAUGCUCUUCGCCGCCUCAGCAAACAUUACAAGCUUGCUGUUCUGUCAAACGUUGACCAUGGGUCCUUCUCCAGGAGUAACUCGGGACCUAUGCAAGGCGUCCCGUUCGAUCUGGUCAUUACAGCUCAAGACGUCGGCAGCUACAAGCCCAACUUGCAGAACUUCCAAUACCUUCUGCGCGAAGUCAAGGACAGGUUUGGGAUUCCAAAGGAGAAGGUGUUGCAGACUGCUCAGAGUCAGUUCCAUGAUCAUCAACCAGCCAAGAUUCUGGAUAUCAAAUCGUGCUGGAUUGAGAGGCCCGGCGCUUUGAUGGGGAACCGUGAUUACCCUAUUUAUGAUUGGAAGUUUGCCACGCUUGGGGAUAUGGCCGAUGCGUUGGAAAAGGAACUUGCAAGUAGAUGA